AGUACCAGAGUACUCGUCUGCAGUCAGUCUUCUUUGUUUCUUCUGCUUUCUUCUUUUUGAAAUUGCACAUUUUGGAUCUUGAAGACAUACUUCUUUAUCAAUACGGCACGCUUGGGGAUAAGGGAAAAAAUCAUGUAGCUAGGGAAUGAUGUGUGCUAUCGGGUUUGAAGUCAUAAGUUCAUAGAGGAACAGGUGGCCGUGAGUGAAGAUCCAAACCCUGCGAACGUAAAAGAGCUGAUGUCUUGAUAAGUCAAAGCGUCAACUAAUUUAGAAACUUCAUUACGAUCUACGCCCUACUUAACAUAUCGAUGAUAUCACACAAAAUGUUUAGCAAUUAUAAUAUCCAGGGAUAAAUGAAGAUUUGUUUUUAAAGAAUAGAAGUUGUAGGUGACCAAAUGGAUAUAUUGGUAAUUACCAUAUUAAGUAUAGUUGCUGGCAUUUUACUGGCUACAAUUGCCGCGUCUGGAAUCUACUACGCAUUCAAGACCAGACACGACAAACAAUCCCACUCACAGAAAGAUGGCGCAAAGAAAAAGAAGCUUGUCUUACCACACGAUGACUCGUACGUGAUCUACAAAGACGAGUCUCUGGUAGAUAUUGAGAGUGUUGCGGUGCAGCCCGAGACAAGAAGGCCUAUACUGUCCCCGGAUGAUGUCUAUCCGCCGGUGAAAGAAGAAGAACAAGAUGACUUUCUGUUGGAGAGUUUAGAAAUGGACUACAGCUCUAGCGGUGGAAUGCCUCCGGACGAAAUGGUUGAACGACGAGGAUCCCUAGAAUUUUUGCUGCAUUUCUAUCAGCUAAGUUCCACCAUGACCCUAACGUUGGUCCGUUUGUCUAACCUUCCAAGAAGACUUGACACCAAUCAUUCACCAGAUCCACUGGUUGAGCUAGAGGUUAAAUACAGCCAUGAUGGUAAAGUCAAAUCCGAGAUAUACCAAAACACUUGCAACCCUCACAUGUACGAAAGCUUCCGAUUUGAGAUUCCUGUCAACGACCUCGGCAACCAGACGCUCUGUUUCCGCGUUAUCGACAUGAUGGAGACAGGUAUACCCGAGCCGAAACCACCGACACCACCUCCUCCACAGAAAGGGAAAAAACGUGAACCACCACCCCCUCCCCCACCUCCACCCCCACCACCACCCCCUACACUGAUAGGUAUUGUUACCGUCCCUCUUGCAAGUGUACCUAUGAAGAAGUUGCUAUCUGACACCGAGAUUACGAUCGUGCGCGAUAUCAUUAAGUUGAGACGAAAGCGCCAGUUGGCUGAUAUAGUGGAUAGCACUGUAGGCGAUCCUGUGAUGUCUACAACAACUGAGGAGGAAGGUGUUGACACUGAAGAUGCCACGACGGUUGAUUCAAGUGCAGAGGUGUCAGAAGUAGCGGGAUCAGACGAUCUUGAAAAGACUGAAGAACAAGAGAGCGGCGAAGAAAUGCCUCUCGUUCGACCGUCCGUAAGUUUCGCAACAGAAGAGCCCGACCAAUCCGGUCAAAUGCUUCUAGUAUCCAUGGCUUACUGGAAGCCCUCAGAAAAGUUGACAGUAGUAAUCAUGAAAGGAAGGAAUCUCAAACUUAUUGAUAAAAAUAGAAAACCAGACCCUUUUGUUAAAGUAUAUAUCAUGAUGGGAGCAAAGAGACUGAAGAAGAAGAGAACCGUCUUAAAAAAACGAGAAACCAACCCAGUAUGGAAUGAGGCCUUCAGCUUCAACAUCCCAAAUCGAAUUCUACACCGAGUAAGCGUCAUGAUACUAGUGAAGCAUCAUUCUGAUAGGGGUAGGGAAAGGAUAAUUGGUAAGUUAAUGAUUGGUGCAAGCUCUACCGAUGAAGCUGUAGAUCACUGGAAUGCUAUGUCAUCGACAGGAAAGUCUGUAGCGCGUUGGCAUCACCUUAUCGAGGAGAAGUAGUUAAUUAACAGAUACUUACGGAUCCUGGAAGGUCCAGCAGCACCUCUUAAUUUAAUAUUACGUAUACCAAUUCAGUAUCUGCCCCCUUCUCCCUUCUGAAUCUAAUAUUACUCUGAAUAAUUCUACAGCUUCUCAUUAAUCCCAUAUAGGUAACUGUCCAAUUAUUUUCUUAAUUGGACAGGUCUUGUUGAUAUGGGAUUAAUUAGGCAGCUAUAUGAUUAAUAGGUAAUGGGACUUCAUGCUCCCCA